AUGGUCGCCACCUCGCACACACGCUACGUCUCGAUCCCCUCUCACCCACCAACGCCCUCCUCCUCCUCGUCCGUCUCCCCAACCGCAUAUCCGAGCGACCAGCCGUACCCGCUUAGCGAAAAGUCCACUUCACGCACACAUCGACCUGCGCUGCCCUCGCACAACAGCUUCACCGGAUCCCGCCGAAGCAGCAACGCGAGGGAUGCGAUGGUGGUCCUUUUCCGCAAAGGGCGGAAUGUGAUUCUGAUCUUCGCAUGUCUGGUGGUGGGAUGGAUGGUCGUCUCGCGUAGCGAGCUGGACAGUUCGCGGGUCAAGUCGGUGAUAGGGAAAGUAACCCAUCCUCUCACCCCCUCCCCCAUCGAGGUCGCUCCUAUCGAGCCCAACAUCACCCUGGCAGAAGUCCCCCCGCCGUAUCGGUUAGAGGACGAUAUGGUUCUCAUCACCAAAGUCGGUUCUGCCACGGUUCACAAACGACUCCUCAUCCACCUCGCCGAACAACCCCAUUCCAACAUCUACGCUCCCAACCGCCUCUACGUCUCCGAUUACCCGUUGACGCUAGGAAACAUCACGUUCUACGAUGCCCUCUCCAACGUCUCCUCCACGCUCUCCUCCAUCGAAGAGUUCAGUGCUCUACGGGGGGAACUUCGUGCACUGAUGGAAUCCAACCAAGACCUCGAUCUCAUGUCCGACAAGGAUGGAGGGUGGAAGUUGGACAAGUACAAAUUCCUUCCCAUGAUGGGCGAGGCGUACCGUCGUUUCCCCGGCAAGAAAUGGUAUGUCAUGGUGGAAGCCGACACGUUCCUGUUCUGGAACGAACUGGUCAAAUGGCUUUCGACGUUCGAUCCGGAUCAGCAGUACAUGUUGGGUCGACCGAUGUUUUGUGAUUUCGACGAUCGCAAAUCCACUCCCUUUAUGCAUGGGGGGAGUGGAUUCGUUCUCUCCCGUGCUGUGAUGGAAGCAUCCUACGGUGUUGACCCCGAAUUCGAGCACAAUCACGAUAACCUCACCCAACACGCCGCGUUCGGGGAUGCACUGCUCACCAAAGCCCUCUACGACGCCCCAGGGGUCAACCUCACCGAUCUCAGCCCCGAAUCGGGCGAACGGUUCAACACGGACACGCCCCGAAGUGUCAAGUUCACCGACGGCCUAUGGUGUCGUCCUGUUCUCACCUUUCACCAUGUGACCCCAAGCGAUACGGCGCAUCUGUACGAUUUUCAACGCCGCAUCGAGCCGCGCCUGGGGGUCAACGAUACGGUGCGAUGGUGCGAUGUGUGGGAUGAAUUCAUUCCGUUGUUUUUGCGAAAGGCGUUGAAGGAGGCGGCGGAGCACGAUCCGGAGAUCGUUCUGCCACUAGAUGAGGUGGCGCCGGGAGAAGUGGGCGUGGUGGGGUGGAAGGCGUUCGAGGACGAUGACGACACCAGGGUGGUUAGCACCAAGAACGCGUUGGAUUGCCUGGCAAAGUGUCGGUCGAACGAAGGAUGCAUGAUGUGGGAGUGGAAGGAGAAGGAGGGCAUGGGCCAGUGCAGGUUAGGCGAAGAUUUUCUCAGGAUCGGCGUGACAAAGCCACGGACGAAUGACGGGUUGACAACGGGUUGGAUGGGGAGGAGGGUCGACGCGUGGAGGAACAAUCUCAGCUGCAGUGGGCGGACCGGGUUGAACGACUAUGCGCCCAAGGAUGCGUGGAGGGCCGAGGACAAGGUCGAGGAGGUGGUGAGUGCCGAGGAGGCCGAGGAGGUGCCUGUGGAGGAGGUGCAAGAGGUCAAGCAGGUCAAGGCGGACAAGGUGGGCAAGGUGUUGGAGUCCGUAGCGCAAAAGCACGAGGAGAAGACGCCGCCCAAGAAGGAGCAGCAGAAGAAGGUGGCCGACAAGCCCAAGGAGGAGCAGCACGAGAAGGAAGAACAGCACAAGGACGAGUCCCACAAGCAGCAGCAACAGCAGCACAAGGACAAGCAAUGA